ACACACACACUCCUGUCCCCCUUAUCCUAAGGGGACACGUGCAGAUGACAAACUCAGCCCAACCCCAGACAGGCCCCUGCCCCCCAGCCCUGGAAAAUCUGGGUGUCUGAGUGGGUGAAGUGGGGUGGUCAGGCAAGAAGACAGAGCGUCUGGGUCUCAGGACCAGAAGUUGCAUUCAGGUGCCAGCCCCAGCCCAGCUUCCGCCAGCCCUCCUCCCUCUGUUGCUUCCCCUUCUGCCCUGCCCAGGGACAGCCACAGAGUCUGGGGACAGCAGCCUGGUCCGGAGGGGUGUGGGCCUCCCCAGGCAGACAUGCUCCUGCAGCUGCUGCUGGCCACACUGUGGGGCGGCUCCCGGGCUCUGGACACACGGUACCGGCUGCAGGUGCAGAGGGAGGUGAGGGUGCAGGAGGGGCUGUGUGUGCUGGUGCCCUGCUCCUUCUCCUACCCCCGGGAUGGCUGGGAUGACUCCACCCCGGCUCUCGGCUACUGGUACAAAGACAGCGGGGUCUCCAUGGCUUCUGAUUAUGUGGUGGCCGUAAACAACCAAAAGAAAUGGGUGCAUUGGAGCACCCGGGACCGGUUCCAGCUGGUCGGUGACCCCCAGAGCAUGAGCUGCUCCCUGCUGAUCAAAGAAGCCAAGCGGGAGGACAGUGGACAGUACUACUUUCGGGUGGAGAGAGGCAGCAAAGUGAAGUUUAAUUACAAAAACUUCGAGUUCUCUCUGGAAGUGACAGCCCAGCCACAGGAGCCAGACGUCUACAUCCCAGAGACCCUGGAGCCUGGGCGCCAGGCGACGGCCAUCUGUGUGACCAGAGGCAGCUUUGAGGGCUGCCCUACUCCCACUGUCUCCUGGAGGGGGGCUGCCUUGUCUUCCCUGGAGCCGGGGACCCCCCACUUCUCAGUGCUCACCCUCACACCCAGCCCCCAGGACCACGGCAGCAGCCUCACCUGCCGGGUGGAAUUUUCCAGAAGGGGCGAGAGUGCAGAGAGGACGGUGCAGCUGAAUGUGGCCCAUGCCCCCAGGAACCUGGAAAUCAGCAUUUCCCUUAAUUCAGCAGCUGUGGAGCCCCAGACAAGAGGCUCAGAGCUCUCCCAUCUGGACGCCAGGCAAGGCCAGGCCCUGCGGCUGCUGUGUGAGGCUGAGAGCCUGCCCCCUGCCAUUCUGAGUUGGACUCUGGGGGGCCGGGUCCUCUCCUGGUCGCAGCCCUGGGGCCCCCGCGGCCUGGCGCUGGAGCUGCCCUCACUGAAGGCAGGGGACUCGGGGAUAUACACCUGCACAGCCGAACACAGGCUGGGCUCCCUGAGCCGCACUCUGGAGCUCUCUGUGCAGUAUGCCCCACAGAACCUGACAGUGACAGUGACCAGAGGAAGCAGUACAGUCCUGGAAGAUCUCAGAAAUGGUGACACACUGGAAGUCCUGGAGGGCCAGAGGCUGCGGCUGCACUGCCAGGCCCAGAGUCACCCUGCCGCCAGGCUGAGCUGGGAGCAAGGGGACCGCAUGCUGAGCUCCCCCCAGCCCCUGGGGGUCCUGGAGCUGCCUGGCGUGGGGAAGGAGCAGGAGGGGGAGCUCACCUGCUUGGCGCAGAAUGAGCUGGGCUCCCUCAGCAUCUCCCUAGGCCUCUCUGUGGUCUCUGCCCCCCACCUUCAGGGCCCCUCCUGCUCCUGGGAGGACGAGGUUCUGUGCUGCAGCUGCUCCUCCCGGGCCUGGCCGGCUCCCACACUGCGCUGGCAGCUGGGGAACCAGACCCUGGAGGUCACCUCCAAUGACACCGUCCAGGUCACCAUCAGCUCCGGGGGGCCCUGGGCCAAUGGCACCCUGAGCCUCCAUAGGGAACUGGGUGCCGGCUUGAGACUCAGCUGCGAGGCCAGGAACACCUAUGGGGAGCGGAGCACGGGGGUCCUGCUAAUUCCAGAUGAGAAGGGUCUCCCCUCAAAGACAUUCUCUCACGGCAUCUUCCUGGGGAUGGGUGUCACCACCUUCCUUUUCCUCUGCCUCAUCUUGGUCCUCGUGAAGACCCUGAGGAGGAAAGGGAGCCUGGCAGAAAAGGACAGACUCUCCCGCAGAAGCACCAUCUUGGAUUAUGUCAACGUGUUCCCUGGAGCGGGUGCCCUAGCUCGGAACCGGAAGGCCAAACCAAGCAGUCCUUCCAUGCCCCCUCCUCCAAGUGCUCCUCCAAGUGCUCCCUCCCCGGAAGCUCAGAAUCAGCAGAAGGAGCACCACUACGUUCCCCAUGGUCCUCUGGGGCCUGGGCCAUCCACGCAAGCCGCAGAACCAGGGAGCCCUGAUGAGGUUCAGUACGCGACCCUGAACUUUCCGGGCCUGCGACCCUGGGAGGCACAGCAGCCCAGGGUCAGCCACGCGGACUACGAGGCGAUCAAGUUCCACUGAAGCCACAGGACUGGAAGAAUGAGAAAAGGCCAAGCUGACAGGAAAAGGAAUGUGGAGGCAAAGUCUCUUUCUUCCUUUCUCCUUCCUUCCUCCCUCCCUCCCUCCCUUCCUUCCUUCCAUUCUUUUGUUCUUCCUCUCUCUCUCUCUCUCUCUCUCUCUCUUUCUUUCUUUUUGCCUCCAGGGUUAUUUCUGGGGCUCAGUGCCUGCACCACAAAUUCACUGCUCCCGGAGGUUAUUUUUUCCCCCUUUUGUUACCCUUGUUGUUUUAUCGUUGUUGUGGUUAUUAUCAUUGUUGUUAUUGAUGUUGUUGUUGGAUACAACAGGGAGAAAUGGAGAGAGGAGGGGAAGACAGAGAGGGGGAGAGAAAGACAGACAUCUGCAGACCUGCUUCACCGCCUGUGAAGCGACUCCCCUGCAGGUGGGGAGCCAGGAGUUUGAUCCCUGAGCUGGUCCUUGCACUACCUCCCGACCCCCUUUUUCUUUUUCUUCCUUUCUUCCUCUCUUUCUUUCUUUCUUUCUUUCUUUCUUUCUUUCUUCUUUCUCUCUCUCCUCCUUCCUUCCUUAAUUUCUUUCUUUCUUUCUUCCUUCCUUAAUUUCUUCCUUAAUUUCUUUCUUUCUUUCUUUCUUUCUUUCUUUCUUUCUUUCUUUCUUUCUUUUUCUUUCUUUCUUAUUCUUUAUGUAACACAGGGAAAUGAAUCCAUGACCUUGUGUUUACAUAACAUCACCUCUGAGCAGCAGCUUCUUCCUUCUUUUCUUUAUUUUCUUGAGUGAGAUAGAGGGUCAGAAACCAUCCAGGGAGUUUCCUCAGUGUGGCCUGGAUGCCCCUAUGUGGUGCUGGGAUUCAAACCCAGGGCCCUGCCCCAUUAUCAGGAGUGCACCUCACCAGAUGAGUUAUCUCCUGGCCCUUGUUUCUUGUUUUUAAAUCCUGAAAGCAUGAGUCAUCCUGCCCAAGACCUGAGCAUUGUCAACUAGGCAAAUCUCUGAGAGUGACCUUCUCCCCAACAUGGGAUGGUGAGGAGCCAGGAGAGACCCCAGCCACCUCCCACGCUGGUCACUGCAUCGCCCAAGCUCUCAGGACCAGGAGAGCCCAGAAUGGUGAUUACAAACCAACAUCUUGACAGCAAUGCUGAACUGACCUGUCAGGUUAUUUUCAUGCCACCGGUGUGAGCCGUGUGUCUGUGUGUCAAAUGGUGGAGGGAAACAUAACUAAAUAAAAAGAAUGCUUCACGACUCAUGGAAAAGA